AUGCAUGCUCUGAAAAUGACUACGAAUCGCCGUGUAGCAAAAUGGUUUAAUGAACUUGCGGAAUUCGAACCGUUGUUUAAGUGGAUUCCCGGGGAAAACAACACGGUGGCAGACGCGCUAUCACGAAACCUGAACAGACGCGCUAUCACGAAACCUGAACUUUGA